GCCAAAGGUUGGACAGCUCUUGAUUGUGCUGCCUUCAUGGGCAAGGUGAAGGCAGCAGAAACACUGCUGAAGGCACACAGUCCCAUUGAUCCACUUGAUAAAGAAAAGGUUACCCCUCUUCAUUUGGCUGCCAAGGGUGGCCACACAGAGAUGGUUGAAUUUCUAAUGAAGAUGGGUGCAAACAUAGCGCAGAGAGAUCAAAAUGGCUUAAACUGCCUGGAUAUGGCUAUAGAUUGCAACCAUGAGAAUGUUGCCAUGGCAAUUGUUAAGUCGGACAAGUGGGAAGAAGCUAUGAAAAACCAAACAGCAGUUUCCAAAGAUUUAGGAAAGGACACUCCCCUUAGGAAACUAAUCCGCAAAAUGCCAGAUGUUGCAGAGAAAGUGUUUAACAAGUGCAUGAAACCCAACAUGACCAACCCUGAAAACUCAGAUUGUGAAAAAAUAUACAACUAUGAAUACCUGGAUGACACAUUUGCAGACUGGGGAGAGAAGAGUGAUGAUGGAUCCUGCUCAGAUUCAAUUUAUGAUGAAGACACGCAUAUCAUUAAACCUGACGUCCCUCCAUACUCGAAGGAUUCAAGAAUUUUGAAGAAAAACCAUCCAUUGCAGAUUAUGGUGUCCUCAAAAAGAGAGGACUUGUUGAGUCACCCACUGGUAGCCAGCCUGCUGAAACACAAGUGGCAAAAAUUUGGAGCUGCCUUCUACUAUAUCAAUCUGAUCAUUUACAGUGUCUUCCUGACAUUCCUGACAGGCUAUAUGCUUGUCCAUGAACCCCCAUAUAUGCUGGUGAACUACACUGCCUGGAAUGGGACUGAUAUCAAUGCAGUAUCCUGUCAGGAACUGGCCAGCUUUGGUUUACACCAGCCAGUACAGUAUCCCAUAGCACUUCUGUUGUUUGGAACCAUAGGGAAGUGGAUAGUUCUGGCACUGGCCAUAGUUACAACAUUAAGGGAGUUGUAUCAAAUAUGCUACUCAAAGAUGAGCUAUGUGAAUGUAGAAAACCUUAUUGAAUGGUUGAUAUAUGUGCCUGCAUUCUUACUGGUGAUGGACUGGGAUUCAUGUCAGAUGAGCAACCCUCAUAUCAGGCAUCCAUGGCAGUGGAACGUGGGAGCCAUUGCACUAUUCCUGGCCUGGAUUGAGCUGUUGUUGUUCAUAAGAAAGUUGCCAAGAUUUGGAAUCUAUGUAGUGAUGUUCACAGACAUCCUCUGGACCUUCUGCCAAUUCUUCCUUGUCUUUGUUUUGUUCAUAGUGGCCUUUGGAUUGACCUUCCAUGUGUUGUUGAAAAACCAAGCGUCAUUCAGCUCUCCAGCCAGAUCUUUAUUGAAGACAACUGUAAUGAUGAUAGGAGAGUUUGAGUUUGAUACUCAAUACACUACAGAGAUCACACCUGAGGGGCAAAACAUGCACAGUGAUCAGGUCUACUAUGAGGGGGUCACAUAUACCAUCUUUAUUCUCUUCUUGGUUCUCAUGUCCAUCCUUAUCAUGAAUUUACUGGUGAGGUGA